CCCAGAAAUUGCGGCAGGAGGCGGCGGGCUGAGCAGCUCCGGGCCGCCCCCGCCCAGCUCGGGGAAGCCCAGCCGAGGGCAAGGCGGGCACCGCUUCCCUCCGCGCCACUGGAUUAAUUAUUGCAGAGCUUCGAAGGGCGCCGGAGGCGCGGGGCGGUCUCCUCCGCCGCGCCUCCUUCCCGCACCGCCUGCCUCCUGCCCGCGCCGCCGCUCACACCGGCCGCCGGCAGCUGCCCCGGCAGCCGCACCUGCCCGCUCUGCCGCUCCCAACUUUUCCUGCCUGUUGCACGCACCGAGCAUCCCGCCCGCACCGCCCCGGCGGGGAUGGCAGCCGCGGGCCGGCGGGGCCGGUAGCCGGGCGGGCGCUCUCCGGGGCUCUCCGCCCUCGCCGCUGCCCCGCGCUCGGAGGACAUGGAGGUGCAGCUGGGGGUCGGCCGCGUUUACCCGCGGCCGGGAGGCAGAACCUUCCGAGGGGCUUUUCAGACCUUCUUCCAGAGCGUCUGCGAGGCUUUCCAGGCGCCGCGGGAGGAGCCGGGAGGCAGCCAGCAGCCGCCCGCCUGCCCGCCCUGCUCGCCGAGCCCCCGGCCGCUGCCGGGCUCCCCCGCCGGCCCGGAGCCCCGUAGCAACGGGAAGGCGCUGCCGGGGGGCGGCCCCGCCAUGGGCUCGCCCUUCCCCGGGGAGCUGAGGGAGUUGCUGUGCGAGGCUGGGGGGCUGCCGCUGCUGCCGCCGCCCGAGGCCGAGCCGGCGCCCCGGGAGGACCCGCUGGGUGACAGCGCCAAGCAGCUCUGCAGGGCGGUCUCGGCCUCCAUGGGCCUAGCGCUGGAAGCGCUGGAAGCCCCGGCCGAGCCGCUGCCCCGCGAGGACUGCAUGUUCGCCCUGCCCGCCGAGCCGCCCCGCGUUCCCCGCCCGCCCGCCGGGGACCCGCCGGGGCCGCCCACCUCCGCCGCCUUCCCCGCCGCCGAGGCCGCCCUAGCCCUGGAGCCGCCCGCCGGGCCGGGGCUCUACCGGGGCUCCCCGGGCCCCACGGCUCGGCUGCCCCCCGGUUUCGACCCGGUCCCGCCGCCCGCCCGCGUCAAGCUGGAGAGCGCGGCGGGGCCGGCGGCCGGCGGCGGAUGGGGCCCCCCGUGCCGCUACGGCGCGGAGCUCGCCCAGCCGGGCCCCUGGGCCACCUUCUUCGCCGAGGAGGGGCAGCUCUACGGGCCCUGCCCCGAGCCGCCCGCCGGGCCCUUCGGCUGCGGGCGCGGACCGGCCGCCGAGACCGCCGAGCUCCCCGUCGACGGAUGGUACCCGGCGGGGCGGACGCCCUUCGCCGCCCCCGCCGCCUGCAUCAAGAGCGAGCUGGGGCCCUGGCCCGAGGGAUACGCUGGCGCCUACGGCGAUGUUCGGUUGGAGACUGGCCGUGAACAUGUGUUGCCCAUUGACUAUUACUUUCCACCUCAGAAGACUUGCCUGAUCUGUGGAGAUGAGGCAUCUGGGUGCCACUAUGGAGCCCUCACUUGUGGUAGCUGCAAAGUCUUCUUCAAACGGGCGGCAGAAGGUAAACAGAAGUACCUGUGUGCCAGCCGGAACGACUGCACCAUCGACAAGUUCAGAAGGAAAAACUGCCCAUCCUGCCGCCUGCGGAAGUGCUACGAGGCUGGGAUGACCCUUGGAGCCCGCAAGCUGAAGAAGCUGGGUAACCUGAAGACACAAGAUGAGGUGGAUGCAGCCAGUUCAUCCAGCCCCACUGAGGAGCAAGCCACCAAGAUGGUGAUGACACGCAUUGAUGGGUAUGAGUGCCAGCCCAUCUUCCUCAACGUCCUGGAGGCCAUUGAGCCUGGCAUAGUGUGUGCUGGCCAUGACAACAGCCAGCCAGACUCCUUCUCCAACCUGCUGAGCAGCCUGAAUGAGCUCGGGGAGAGGCAGCUGGUCUAUGUGGUCAAAUGGGCAAAGGCCUUGCCAGGAUUUCGCAACCUGCACGUGGAUGAUCAGAUGUCAAUUAUCCAGUACUCUUGGAUGGGUCUCAUGGUUUUUGCUAUGGGCUGGAGAUCUUUCACCAACGUCAAUUCCAGGAUGCUUUACUUCGCUCCAGACUUGGUCUUUAAUGAGUACCGGAUGCACAAAUCCAGGAUGUACAGCCAGUGUGUCAGGAUGCGGCACCUCUCUCAGGAGUUCGGGUGGCUUCAGAUCACUCCUCAGGAGUUCCUCUGUAUGAAGGCUCUACUCUUCUUCAGUAUUAUUCCAGUGGAUGGCCUGAAGAACCAGAAGCUCUUUGAUGAACUUCGAAUGAAUUACAUUAAGGAACUUGACCGGAUCAUUGCUUGCAAGAGGAAGAACCCGACCUCCUGCUCUCGGCGAUUUUACCAGCUCACCAAAGUCCUGGACUCUGUGCAUCCUAUUGCCAAGGAUCUGCAUCAGUUUACAUUUGACCUUUUAAUUAAGGCACAUAUGGUGAGUGUGGACUACCCUGAAAUGAUGGCCGAGAUCAUCUCUGUGCAGGUUCCCAAGAUCUUGUCUGGAAAAGUCAAGCCUAUCUACUUCCACGCACAGUGAUCUUCUGGAGGGAAUUCCCAGUGCUGCCCACCCUCAUUUCAGCUGUCUCCUGCCUGUUAUUUCUGCACUACUGUACUGCAGUGCCUUGGGGAAUCCCCUCCACAGAGGCAGGGUGCCAAGAAGACAGUAACAGACCUGCUGGGAUUCCUGAGAUUUCUAUUUUUCCUGAGGUACCUCUGAGCUGAACUUCCAGCUACAGCUUCUGCCCAGAUCUGGCUCACUGUGCUGGGACAGGAGGUGGUGGCAGUGGCACCGUGUCCACGUUCUCUUGUUUGUGUGUUUUCCUCAGUGAAUUUGAGUGGCCCAGGGCCACAGGAGGUCAGGAGAAAUGGCAGGAGUUGUAGGGUUUGGGUGUGUGUUAAAAAUAGAACAAGACAAGAAGCAGAUUGAACCUAGAAGUUUGGGUGUGGGUUACUUUACUGACCUCCUCUGGGAUUUCUUAUUUGCAUUAUGGUGCUGGAAAGCAGACGAGUUAAAAUAUUGCAGCAGAGACAGAGAGAAAAGUUGGAAGAUGAGAUGGUUUUGCAGCCUGAUGGGUUUGCUGGAGCUGCUGCUGGGUCAGAGAGCUGUGGGGGCUGCUCAUGGCUGCCAGGGCCCCACAGCCUUCCUGGCAGCCCAGAGAGCUCCCAGGGUGUCAGCAAAGGGCUGGAGGACAAGGUGACUUUGGGAAACCCCCAGAGAUGGCAGAUGUUUACUGUGUUCCACCUGGCAUGCUGUUCCUAUGGCUGGUGAAGCUGGACCUGGGCCUGCCUUGCAGAUGCCUGGUGCUCAGCAGUCACCUUCCCACCCUGGGCAGCUGCUGCUCCCCCCACACAGCCAAACCCCCUCCUCAAGUGCCUGGCUUCCUCACACCUCCUCACACCUCAUGCUCUCCCGUCCAGCCCCUCACUGCUCCUGCUGGGUAUCCACAGACCAGUUUUCUGCUAUGCUACUUCCCAUUUUGUCCCAGCUAUUUGAUGCCAGCAGCCCAGAGUCCCAGGAUCAGGGCCAGGACCUGAGGGACCUGCAAGGCCAGGGGGCUGCAGUUCCUGCUGGCCUUCAGGAGGUGGCUGUGGGAAGGGACUGGGGCUGCUAUGGUGCUUCAGGGGCUGCAAAGGAAACCCUGAGGAGAUCCCCUGCCCUUCCAGCAGUGCACAGAGCUCCUGCUAAUUGCGGUGGUUGAUUGCACUUGGGGAGGACACUGUCCCUCCUGCACUGCCUCACACACCAUCCCUCAGGCAUGGUCCCUUAUACAUCACUCACACCCCGUCCCUUGUGCCUCAUCUCUCACGUGUUUCUCACGUCCCGCUUGUCCCCAGCAGCUCCAUAUGUCACAGUGGUGGCACAGCCAGUUGCAGCUCUGCUGUGAGGAUGAAUAAAGGCUCCCAUGGGUACUGGGUCCCCAGCCAGCAACCCCAGCAAAGGCUGAUGGGUCUUGUGGUGCCAGUGACUCCUACAGGUGGGAAUCUCUGAGGAGGGCAGGCUUGCUUGGUCUGUUUGAUACCUCAGGGUCAGGAGACAUUGGCUCACUCCAUGUCCAUAGUCAGAUUUGUUUCUUUGGUGACUCUGCUCCCCACAAAGUGGCCCAGCCCAUGUUGCCCACAACAUUCUGGUCCCCCCCUUCUCACCAAAACCUCCUGCACAGACCUGGCUGAGGCAGGUGAACCAGGUCAGACACGUGCCUUGUGUCGUGCUGUGUCCCAGUGUGGUACCAGCUGCUCAUGCUUGUUGGGUGGCUCCAACAUUCAAGGCACUGGAGUUCAGGCCAGUUGGUUGCCACGUGUGUCGUGUAGAAGACAGCACCACUGCUUCUGCUCGUGCUGCCCAGGCCCUUCAGCAGCUGCCAUCACUCACAGCUCUGCCAGCAAAUGCCCUCAUGGUACCUCUGGGUUCUUUGCAAACCCUUGGCAAGAACGGAACAAUUUUUCUGAUAUUUCUCUGUCAUGCAAUGAGAUUUUCAUUAAGGGAAGGAGUAGGGGAAAAAAACCCACACAACUGUAGCAGUGGAGGAGCUCUCUUUACAGUUAUUGGCAAUGGGGUUUGCUCCUCUACUAGAUACUGCCCUGGUCAUGCUCUUUCUCCUGAAAUCCCUUCAUGCAGGUGGCACCAGAAUCUGUAGGUGACCUGCCUGAACACCAGCCAGCAGGAUGGGAUUCUCAGUAGCUUUCCGUAUUUUAGAGGGCUGCAAGUGUUUUAAAUGUUGUUAUGAUCUUCUAGUAUUUGUAAAUGAACCAGUGAAAAAGUCCUGCUGGUGCAUUUCUCUCUUCUUGAACAUGUUCUGGCUGCUAAGCAGAAGAAUACCAUGAGCAACUGGGUUGAUAAUGAUCCCCUUCAUCAACAGGAGGUUGUUUGUGAGCAAUCCGAGCAGCUACUCUGGAGAGCUUUACAUUUUGCACAAGCUCAUGUCAGUGAAGUUUUCAUUAGUUAAUGAGAGUGGAGAUAGUCUGCUGGGUACUUUUCUGCUGGGAGAUUAGGGAAAAAACAACAGGGAUUUGCAUACACUGAUGUGCUGGUGAAAGCAUAGAGCAGAUGAAAAAUGGUUUAGGAGGUACUGCUGAUGUUUCACCUGCCAGAUGUGUGCACUUCACCUGUACAAUGCUGCUCCCCCCACGAAUGCUCCAAGAAGGGUGCAGGAGCUCUGGUGAAGCCCCCUGGUCCAUGUGCAGGGGGCCCUGAGCUGCCUUCCUCACCAGAGACUGCAGAGCCACAGGCACUGGGCUUGUGGGCUCUGUCCCUUCAGCAUCUAAUUAAACUUCUGCAACUUCUUUAUUCAAAGGUUGACUUUUAAUGAUACUAUUAGAGGGAUGAGUGGAGGAUGUGGGAACCAAUAGCACCUGUGUCUGUAUUUUCUGGGGGAGUUAAUGCUGUUUCCUUCUUUAUUUUCUUGGGCUGCUGCAGGAACUGCAGAAGAAAAAGAUGCUUAAGAUAUACCAAAGUCCAGGUCCUGCCGUGUAUCUUUGUACUUUGUGUUUUCUACUGCAUUUUCUUGUCUACUUUUGCUUUAAUAAAGCAAAGAGAAUUUCACCAAUCUUCACCAUCACAUAGAGGCUGCCCCUGAGGAUUUCCUCAGGAUGGGCGAGCACUGGGAGAGGGACCCCCUUGGUGUCACCAUUCCCACACUGGGCAAAAGGUCCUUUGUGCCUGGCUUAGGGACAAUGGAGCUAAGACAGAGCUGAGAGGAUGGCACCAAGAGCAUGGUGCCAUGCACAGGCAGGUGACUGCCAGGGGUCAGCCCUCCAGGGCCAGCCCGGUGCCCACCUCCUUCCCACCCUGCACUGCUCUGCUCCAGCCCACACAGUGCCACUGGGUCCUUGCUGUGGUCCCUAGAGAUGCUGAGGGGGGUGCCUCUGGUGUCAUCUGCCUCCCACUGGGCAGAGUUGGCCUUCCUUGCCAGAUCACCUGCCAGCACAGGCUGUCCUGCAGCUCCCUGCAGCUGUUGCCCCACUUGCAGAUCUCUCUCCCUAGGUGGUUCAGUCCCAUAAUAUAUGUUAAACAUAUUAAAAAAAAAAAAUUAUAUAUAUAUAUAUAAAGGCAUGCCCUAUUUUAUAUUGCUAAAGAUACCUAUUUAAUGCUCUAAGAGGUUCUUUUCUGAUUGCCCAUUGAUUGCAAAUAAAUAUUCUUCAGAAGAGGAGUCAGUAUGUGCCAAUAUUAAUGGAAACUUUUAAUGAACAGUUUUUUUCUGGUUAGAUACUGCCCAGUUGUCAAAGGUCCAUCCUUUCAUGGUAUGAAUGGAGCAUACACUGGCAUAGUGUUGGUAUCUGCUUCUCCAGCUUUCUUGUAGCUGGCUCUGGUUAGACAGGGAUAGUAUUUGCACUUGGGGGACAACAGAGUGUCCUUUAUUUCUGCCCUCUUUGACUGCACAGAGCAUCCUUGCACUUUAGGGCAGAAUCCUGGAAUUACAGCAUGGUAGCACUUCUCUGGCUGUUUCGAAGGAGACUUUCAGAGGCACAGAAAUCCUUUCUUGUACCAGAAGGACUGGGCAAGCCACGCUCUGCACUGUCACAUCCUGGUGCCCACAGUGCAGUGAUGGUGCAUCUGGGAACCAGCGCCGUGCCCCUGUGGGAGGGGCCAGGCAGUGGGGACACGAUGGCACUUGGGACCCUGGGAUAGUGGGGGUGGAAACCUGGCCCCUGCUGCCAGGCAGCACCGAGGGACUUGUGCUCAUUCCCCUUUGACACAGCAGUGGAACCUGCACUUGUGAUUGAUUCAGAAGGUAAAUAUCUGCACCACACAUCAAACCCCAGCAAAGUUGUUAUAAGCUGCUCUCUGUGCCGGGUAUUUUGUGUUCCGUGGCAAUUCAAUGCUGGUUUUAUUUGUUAACAUGUCUCUGUAAUAAAAAGAGUUCUUUAUAUUGAUAGAUUUUAUUUUCUUUGUAAUAAGCCAAAAAAGCUCAUUGCUGGUGCCUUUUUGCCUGGGGAGGACUCCCAGCCCAUAGCUAUAUUAAUGGAAGUAACAAAGUGCAGUGUCUGCAAUUGCUUCUUUCACCACAGCUGAGUAAAGUCAUGAAGCAAACGCUGCAGGAGAACCAACAGAAGAACAAGGAGCCCAAAGAAUGAGAAGGACUUUCAGGUACAGGAAUGUGGUUAUUUCCCAGGGCCUGGUUGCAAGGAGAGGGUGAAGCUUUUGGCUUCUUGUGUCUGCCAUGGAAAAGCCUUUGCCCUGUCUCUGUGGGACUUCAUUGCUGCACCUCCAGCCUUUACCUUCUGCAGGACGUGCAGUGAGGUUGGGGCUCACACACACCAUUUUAUUAUGGUUGCAACACUAGUUUUUUUCAAUCAGCUUUCAGAAAUGGCAGAGUUUUCCCCAAAGUAACAGCGUCUGAGGCCAAAUUCUGUUUCUAGGGAAGGACAUUAGUCGGAUUGUUGCCACUGCUCUUUUUUUGUCACAAUUGGAACUGAAUUCCUUGACCAAGGAAAACAGAGACCUACGAUGGUUGGAUGUCAUGGAGGCAAGAGCAGUGACAGCUGCUGCCUUGGCCAGCAGUGGUGGGUGCUUGGGGGACAACCGUGCCUUGGGAGUCUCCAUAGGAGACUGAAGGAUGUCUGUUCCCAUAACCAAAAAGAGGAGCCUGUCUGGUAUCUGGGGUAAAGACAAACCCCAUUACACUAUGUGAGGGGAAAUGAGAAUACACACUUUUUGACUGUUUGAGUCCAUGCUUGGGUCCCACGCAAGCCCUGGGCCGUGCUGUGCCACAGGGCAGACCUUCACGUUUGGUGUUCAGCUCUUUUUGUAAUCCUAAAAUCUGUUGUUCUGAGUACAAUAAAGGCAGAAUCUGGUUUGCUGGAACGCUGCUCUAUGUGUGUGUUUGGCUCUGGUUUCCAUUAUGUGCAUGAAAGUGUUAUCUGGUGUGACAAAUCUAGCUAUUGAAGACGCUAGGAAUAAGGGGUCGUUUUUCACUGGACGAGGCUGUAUGGUGGGUCAUUCACAGGCUGUUUUUCACAGUCAGAUUUUGCUGUUAAUCAUGUGUCUGAACUGUUAAUUAAUUUCCACAUCAAUUGACUAAUCCUUUCAUAUAUGCCUCUCUAGGUCUUUUAGAUUGAAUUUCAUUUGAUUAAUGUAUUUCUCAAAACAAGGAGCUAAUAAAGGCCAGUGUCAUCCUC